AUGAUCGAAUUUGGCUACUCCAAGGAAAUGAGCCUGAGGGUUAUCAAGAAGAGCCGCGCGAAAACGAUCGACGAAGUGCUGAAUUGGAUCGAGCAGAGCGAACAGAAUGGAGGUGACGGAGACGGCGCAGGUGACGCAGAUGACUGGAAUGACGGGAAUGACGUCGAUGCAGCCGCUCCCGCUGAGCGCUUAAGCGACAAAGACGGAGGAAAGAACCCCACCGACACAUCAAGCAGCGCGGACAACGGGGAAGGCAAAUCCAAAAUGACACCAGAAGAAGCCCAGAAAAAGGCAAUGGAACUACAGAAAAAAAUCAGAGAAAAAAAAAUGCUCAAGGAAAAAGAAGAAGAAAUACAAAGAGAAAAGAACCGAAUUUCUAUGGCGAAAGAAAUGCAAAAAAGAAGAGAACAAAUCGAAGAAUUCGAAAGAAAAAAAUACCUUCAACAUUUGGAGAAAGAAAAAAAUGAGCAUAAAAAGGAAAAAGAAAAACAGCUUGAAUUGUUAAAGAAGGAAUAUGAAGCCAAGUUUGGCAUCGCAUACCAAGUACAGAGUGAAAAAAAGAGCAUCCAAGAUUUGACCGAAAAUGAGAAGCGUGAAGAAAUUGCCAUUUUGCUAAACACCUUAAAAAAUAAACACAAGGACAAGAAGAAGGAGCUACUCAGCUCCCUAGCCAUUUUGAAAACCUACUUUUCCAACAUCAAGGAUAAUAUUCUGGAGAAGAAGUUCCAGAAAAUAAAGAAGGAGAAUAAGGUGUUCCUCGAAAAGAUCAAAGUGUACGAGGAGAUGCUGCAGGUGUUUUUGCUAGUCGGGUUUGAGGACACGGGCGACUUCUACGCAAUUAAGAACUUCCCAAACACGUACCUCCUCGCGUCGGCCAUCAAAUUCAUCGAUUUAAUUAUGAAGACGUUGAAUUCGUAG